CAGAACUGUGCUCAAUACGACCUUUUAGACACCAUCAAGUACAUUUCUCUUUACUCCCCUCCCCACCUCUCAAUCAUCUCAAACCUAGCUAGCCACCUAGUUUUCUUCAUUCAUUGCAUUGAUUAAGAAAAAGUUGCCCUUAAUUUCGAUAUAAUUCGUCGCCAAUCAUGAACAUAAACUCGUCCCCUUCGCCUUCUCCUACAGAUCAAAUCAGUGACAGUAUCGAUCAUGAUCAUCAGUUCCUCCAGCCGUUUGCCCCGAAUCAGUACCACAAUCAAGUCGUUUCAUCUUCCCCAUCGUCUUCUGCCUCAUCGUCUCCUAUCUUCUUUAGUUCAGCUCAAGAUCACACCGGAUUCUAUCAUCACCAAUUGUACCACCCUCACCCUCAAGAGGAUGACAGUACUACUUACGGUUAUCGCGGGGGAUCAUCGUGUGAUGAGAUGAAGAAUAAGGUUAAUAGUGGCCUGAAAUUAACCCUCUGGAAGAACAAAGACGAAGGGCUAGCAAAGAAGGAUAUACCGGUGAAAUGGAUGUCUACGAAGAUGAGGGUGAUGCAGAAGAUGAAGAACACGGAUCGCAUAAGUGUAUCCUCAUUCAAGCAGCUGCUGCAGCCAUCCUCUUCUAUGGAAACUGAUCUAAGCAGCAACAGUUCCUCAUACAACAGCAACAGCCCAAUUAGGGUUUGUGCAGAUUGCAACACCACCAAGACCCCCCUUUGGAGAAGUGGUCCCAAAGGCCCUAAGUCGCUCUGCAACGCGUGCGGGAUCAGGCAAAGGAAGGCGAGGCGGGCCAUGGCUGCUGCUGCUGCCAACGGCAUGGUGGUGGCCAAUGCCAGGCCGGCUACAUUGAAGAUCAAGGUGCAACACAAAGAGAUGAAGACAACGGGCAAAAAUGUCAGUGGAGGCCUAAAGAAAGGCUGCAAAAUUGCUUCAGCUGGAUCAUCAUCAUCAUCAUCAUCGUCUAAAGCUAGUAGAUUGGAGGAGUUCUUGAUAAAUUUGAGCAACAAUUUGGCAGUACAUAGAGUGUUUCCUGAAGAUGAGAAGGAUGCUGCCAUCCUGCUAAUGGCUCUAUCUUCAGGCCUGGUUCAUGGUUGAAUAUUAGUUUUUUCCCUUUGAACUAUAUAUGUAUUUUUGUUUCUUGAUCUAGCUAGAUAGAGAUUAGGGUUGAGUUAAAGUUUGAUUAAAGGUGCAAGAGCUUGAAUUUUUCUGGUGAGUGAGGUUCUAAUUAUUGUGUUCUUUUAGUAAGGAAAUGAAUAAAUUAAGAACAUUAAUAAUUUUGUGUGGCAA